GAUUAAUAAUGCAGAAUAAAUCCCGUUUAAAUAAAAGGGAAUGGAGAAUAUUUCAUACAAACAACGAAUUGAGUAAAUUUCAAUGCAUUUUUAACCAUGAAAUACCGAUACCUAAAUGUGAUCCAAAUACUUUCUAUGCGUUAAAUAUGCCAUUAAAAGGGAGAUUGAAGAAUUUUUAUCGAGCCGGUUAUAAAGGAAAAAAGUUGCAGUAUGUUAACGAAUUAAUGAGAAAAAUUCAUAAAUUAACCAUGAUAGCUUCGAAAAAUCACCAAACAAUUGAUAUAUUUGAAACGAUUAGGAAUAUAAUUCCAAAAGAAUUUCUUGGAACAUCUCACCAUUACAAAUUGUAUUUGAAAAUUGUUAAAAAAAUCCUUUCCCAGUCUAGAAAUGAGCACAUUUUCGUUAGAGACAUAAUCAGGAAUUACAAUUUCAACGAAAUACCUUGGUUGAAAGGUUUUAACCAAAAACAACACAUUAAUUAUUUAUAUUUCCCUCUCAUUUGGAGUUUGGACGCUGUUAAAUAUCUAAUACGGAAACGAUUUUAUUUCCUUCCUCACCGUAUUUAUCCAUUUAGAACAGAUUUAGUCCCACAUUCGAUUUAUAAACGUUUCAAAAAAAGGGUUAUAAAUGUAAUUUUGAAGAAAAAGUAUGCAAUUCCAAUAAAUUUUGAUGAUGUUAAUAAAACGGAAAUUAAAGGGGUUGUUCGAUUUUUACCAAAACGUGAAUUAAAUGAUUUAAAAUUUCGACCCAUUAUAAAGAUGACUAAAAAACGACCAUGGGAUGUCGUUCGAAAAUAUUGUUUAUAUUUAAAAAAUUACGCCUCUAAUUUAUCUGGAACUCAAACGGGACAAUUUUAUCAACCUUGGUUGGAUUAUUUGCGUAAAAUUGGAGAUAAAAAAAUAUAUUUUGUAACAGUGGAUGUAUCCGACGCUUUUGGAAGGGUCGAAAUCGAUGUUUUAAUUCAAUUAAUUCAAAAUAUGAACGUUAAUGUAAGUAUUGCUUCAUUUUUAUCUAAUUGUUUAAAUAUUUCAUUAAUUCAUUGAUGCGAAGUUAGGUGAUUUUGUGAGAACUCACUUCACACAUCUUAUGUCAAGUGUCAAGUGACAGUUGUCAAAUUUUCUAACCUACGAAUAUUGUAAUUAAUAAGUACGAUAAUUAUCCUAA